AUGGUUCUUAGAAAAUUAAUCGGAUUGAAUAAUAAAAGUAAAUCAAUAUUUAACAAAUAAAUUAAUAAACAUAAUCAGCCAGUACAUAAAUCAAUAUUCUACCAUCAGAAAGUAGUUAAUCUAUUAAUCAAUCGAAUCUAAAACCAUUCUAUUAUUAACUCAUACAGGAAAGUUCAAUUUAAUAAAGUGAGUGGUGUGGUGCAAUAGCUAUUGAUAAGGACUUUAAAACAUUUAUGGCUGGAUGUGAAUCACUAAUUUAAGUAUUUGAAUUUAACUAAGGGAAGAUCGAACAAAUUUAAUCUUUAAAUCAACAUAAAUAGUGGUAUCUACUUUAAACUUUAUGAAUAAAUCUAAAUAGUUUAUAUCUGGAAGUUUUGAUAAAUCUAUUAUAAUAUGGAAAUAAAAUUAAAAUAAUUAAUGAAGUUUAUAAUAAAUAUUAAAUGGACAUAGUAAUUGUAUCUAAUGCUUAUUAAUAAAUACUAAUGAUGAUCUAAUUAUAUCUGGAGGUGAUGAUAAAACUAUUAAAUUUUGGAUAAAAAAGAAUGAAUGGUUGUGUUAAUAAACAAUUACUGAUCAUUCUAAAUAAGUAUUAGGAUUAAGUUUAAAUUAAUAAUAAAAUAGAAUUAUAUCAUGUGGAAAUGAUUAAUAUAUAUUAAUAAUAGAACUAUCAGGAUAGAAUACAGAAUGGAAAGUCAUAUAAAAGAUUAAAGUUGAAUAGUAUGGAUGUAGAGUAUGCUUUAUUGAUAAUAAUAUGUUCACAUUUUCACCAGUAAAUAAAGAAUAGAUAUCUGUUUUUGAGAUGAAUACUAACAAUUAAUAAUUUAUCAAAGCUAGAGUUAUUCCUAUAAAGAGUGGAUCAGAUAUCUAUGGAAGAUUUCCUUAAAAAUAUAUAAAUUAAAAAUGUAUUCUUGCGAGUAAGAAUGGAGAAUAUUUGAAAAAAUACUAUUCCAGUAUGUUAGUGUCGAUAAUUUGCAAUUAUUAUAAUUAUUAUACUAUUAUUU